AUCUUUUUAGAUAGAUAUGGUUCAAGCUUUUUCAGGACAAGUUGAGGCCUUCAAAAGUGAAGCACUUGAGUGCAUAACUUUUCAUUAUGUUCACUCAAUCGAAGACUUUGAAAAUGAUCGCGUAACGUUUAAACCACAGUUUGCUCAUCAGAUAUUUGGAGAGGAUGAGACAAUUUUUGGAUACAAGGACCUGGCAAUAGACAUGUACUACACAGCCGGAACUCUCAAAUGCUUCAUUCGCGUUAAUUAUUCAGGAAGAAUUGAGGAGUCAAUUGAAGCUAAGGUUGAUGAUGACCCUCAAGAGAGCUUGAAGAAGAAUUUUACAAAUGGAAUCAUAUCGUCGGAAUUCGACUUCUUGAAAGAACUAAAAAAAGACGAGGCUUUCAAACCACACGGAAUGCUGCUUACUCAAUAUUCUCGUUAUGAUGAUCACAAGGAAAAGUGUUUCUGCCUAUUUAAAUCAGAUAGCACUACUCCUGGGUUUUUGAGCUACCACAAAGAUAUGCAGACAUUUCUCACAUGGUUCAUCGAUGGCUCCAGUUUCAUUGAAGACGAUGACCCCGAGUGGAAGUUCUAUACAAUGUUUGUAUUUAUGUUUCUGUUCUUCACCCGCGCGAUAAUAAAUGGUGUUGCAAACGGGUACUUGACUUUUUUUCACCUAAACAACUUGGUUGACAAGAUUUCGCAGAUGCUUCAUCUUACUUCAUAAUGAGUUCAAAAAUAUAGCAGC